CGAGCCGUGCGAUGGGGGAGGCGCCCAGCCCCGCGCCCGCGCUCUGGGACUGGGACUACCUGCACCGCUGCUUCGCCCGCCAUCGCGUCUGCAUCUCCUUCGGCCUGUGGAUCUGCGCCUCCUUCUGCUGGAUCGCCACCCACGCGCUGCUUCUCUAUCUGAGAUGUGCAAAGAAAUCCAGACGGGACCAGACGGCGCUGUGUGCUGCGUGCUGCCUCCUGACCAGCCUGUGUGACACCGUUGGGGCGAUUCUGGCCAGACAGCUCACGAUCCAGGUUUUCACUGGUGCCUACCUAGCGGCUGUUGACUUGGGGAACUUUGUGUUCAUUCUCUUCCCAGUCUGUGGCUCCAGACACAAGUCUAACUCGGGUCGGGGGUCCCGGGAGAGGAAGAGGAGACGGCGGCUCAGGGCCAGCGUGUUUGCCCUGGCGCUGCCGCUGAGUCUGGGCCCAGGCUGGGCUCUCUGGGCCACUGUCCCAAAGGCUUCAGGCGUCGUCCGAGGGCCACAGCGGAGGCUGCUGGGAAGCUUUCUGCAGGAUGACACUGAAAUCCUCGGCUACCUGCUGGGUGGCAUCGCCGCCCUCGGCUCCUGGGCUUCCCGGAUACCCCCACUCUCCAGAAUCUGCCAGGGUAAGACGUUUCCCUCCAUCCACCUGUGGACUCGGUUCCUGUCUGCCCUGGCUGGCCUCCUCUACGCCUCAGCCAUCGUGGCCCAUGACCGGCGGCCUGACUACCUGCUUCGGGCCACACCCUGGUUCCUGACCUCCCUGGGCCGUGCCUCGCUGGACCUUGCUAUCAUCUUCCUUUCCUGCGUGAUGAAGAGCAAGAUGAGGCGGGCCUUAGGAUUCGCCUCUGAAGCCAGAGAGAUCCCCGACACGCAAGCCCUCUUGACCUGUGCAGAGAAAGAGGAAGAAAAUCAGGAGGCGAGGAACGAGAAUGCAGAUUGGGUGCCUCUCAUGACACUGCCCCACUGCAAGCCACUCAGGACGAUGGCAGCCAUCAGUCGCUACAUGGAGCUGACCAUCGAGCCAGUGCAGGAGGCAGGCUGCAGCGCCACCAGGCUGCCCGGCGACGGUCAGACGAGCACUGGAGACGUGUCCCUGCAGGAGCCCCCCUCGUACCCUCCCGUUCAGGUCAUCCGGGCCUGCGUGUCUUCCAGCAGCUCCUCCGAGGUGUCCUCCAUCAACUCCGACCUCGAGUGGGACCCUGAAGAUGUAAACCUCAAAGGGAACAAAGAUGACGUGGAGAAGCUCAGAUCCCAGGUGCACAGCUGCUCUAUGAGGCCAGUGGGCUUGACCUCUGAUGAGUAACACUUUCUGGAGCCAGCUCAUCAGUUCAGAGCCCUAGGCCAAGUGUUUGUCAGGAACUGAGCAGGGAUAAACCUUCAGUGACACCUGUGGCAGGAAUGUAAGCUUCUGCUGAGGCUGCCAUGAAAUUGAGGAACCAGGAGUUGUCACUGAGCCUGGCUGGUCUGAGCCAUGGCUCAAAAUGGAGCUAAGACUUUGUGUCCUGUGGACAGACCUAGACAUGCCCAGAGUUUGUUCUGAAGAUUAGAAGUUCACAGACCACUCUUGCUUUGAGAUAUAAACCUUCAUCUAAGGGACAUUGGACUCUCUUUUCCCUUUCCUUUUAGAUUCAGCCAUACUCUAAAUAUCUGGUGGGUGCCAGGAAGGAGUUCAUCUACCAAACAGCUAAUGUGCUUGGGUCUCAGUAGAGCCCCAUUCUGCAAGACCUGGCCAAGCCUAGUUGAUGAGAGGAGUGGGCCCAUGUUCUGGGGGUCUGGGACACAAUCACAGGUACUGAUGGGACCUGGCUCCUGCCCUCUGGUCACCCACUUUUCUGUGGGAAGUUAGAGCUAGGACUGCUUGGUCAACCAGGUGUUUGUGAGAUCAUUGGUAUUGCAAGGACAAGCAAAGCAAACUGCUCUGGGUACCAGGACUUGCUCCAACCUGGCAAGGUGUGUGCUGGGAUGUGGUUUGCAGGUUAGGGGGACUGUCUGCUUCAGGAGGUGACUGAGAGCAUGCAG